AGUUUGUCACGGUGUUUCUGCAUGUUUUGUUUGACAAAGUACAAAGUACGAGGUUCAGGGAAGGCUCUGCCCAGCCUGAACAGUUUUGUUUAAACUUUUGUUUUGGCCCUUGCGCUGGUUAUUUUGUGAGUGUUUACUGUGUGUGAGAUUUGUUUUUGUUUGCCCUUUUAUUUCUGAUCGGCUUGGCCAGUGUGACUGAGAGGAUGGUGUCUGUGCAGAAACACUGGGAGAGAGGCUGGCUCUACCCGCUGCUGUGGCUCACUUUGAAAGCAGCGUUUCUCUUCUUAGGUGCAGAAUCGUCAUGGCAGGACUGCAGCACCCUGACGGUGCGCCCCCCUGUGGCCAGGCCAGGAAGUGCCGUGAGCGCGUCCUGUGUGCUGAGCCCUGCCUGUGCCCGGGAGCGCGGGGUUAACGCUGCGGACGUCGCGUGGAGGCUGGACGGAGAGGAGGUCCCCAGAGACCAGUACGGCUCUAUCGGGAGCACCGUCUCCACAGUGACCCUGCCAGCCCUCCCCCUGGCUGGGGCCAAUCUGAGCUGCCACGCCCGCUAUGGAGGGUCCGACACGCUGCUUCAGAGCAGAGAGAUCAGAGUGGCCUCCGCCCCUGCACAGCCCAAGAUCCUGUCCUGCAUUUCCAUUCAUCUGGCCAACCUCAGCUGCUCCUGGGACCCUGGACCCGAAACUCUGCUGAGGACCAGCUUCACCCUGAGCGUGAUGGAGGUGAUGAGACGCUGUGGCUCCAAAUUCAAAGACCCCCUGGAGUGCCGGGCUGCCCCGGGUGCGAGGUCGUGCCCAGUGCCCGCCAAGAACCUGUACGCUUCCUACAACGUGACGGUGAGGGCAGAGAACGAGCUGGGCAACCAGACCUCCCCUGUGCUCUGCCUGUAUGGAAUGGAUGCAGUGAAGCUGUCUCCCCCGAGGGUUGUGAGCGUGUCUGCUGUAGCGGGACGGGAGGACUGUCUGGCGGUGAUCUGGGACCUGCACUACUCGGAGAUAUACGACGCCUCGUCAGCUCUCUAUGAGCUGCAGUACAGGGCAAGGGGGGAGAAGCUGUGGAAGCAAUCUCUCAUUGAUGUGAGAGAGGCCAGCCCUGUACCGGUGAGGCUGUGUGACCUCCCCGCCUUCACAGAGUACACUUUCAGACUGAGGAGCAGAUACAAGAGCGACAUGAGCCACUGGAGUGAGUGGAGCAACAAGGGAGAGGCAAGGACCCCAGAGAGAGCUCCAUCAAAAGAGCCCCAGCUUUGGAGACGCAUUGAGCCUCUCGAUUCGGAGGGAGAAAGACUUGUCACACUCCUAUGGAAGCCGCUGCAAAGACACGAAGCCAACGGCAGGAUUCUGGGGUACAGGGUAUUCCGCCAGCACCCGGGUACCCCAGAAAAGACAGAGCUGAGCGAGUGCGGCGGCACCACUCCUCUAGCCAGCCCUGAAUGCAGUGUCCUUCUGUCUGCCGAGCGCUGCGUCCUCUCCCUAUCUGCGUACAGCUCCGCAGGGCAGUCCCCCCAGGCCAGCAUCGCCAUCUCAGCCGCCGGUCAAGCAGCGCUGCCCGGUCUCUCAACCCUGGCCGCGUCUCCUGCAGAUGACCACAGCCUCCUGGUCCAGUGGAAGCCCCCGGAGAGGCCCUCUGUGUCCGGCUUCAUCCUGGAGUGGUGUGUGCUGUCCGAGAGGGAGGGCUGCGUCCUGCACUGGCACCGACUGCCCCGUCACUCCAGGGACGCGGUCAUUUCAGAGAGCAUUGAGCCCGAGCGUCUAUACAGAGUCUCUGCCUACGUGCUGGAUGAGGGAGAGGCUGGGGAUCCAGUGUCUGUACAAGCCUACUCCAGGCAGGGUGCUCCCUCCCGCGGCCCCUUGCUCCGUCCCAAGACCACCUGGAAGACUGGGUUGCAGCUGGAGUGGGACCCCAUCCCGCUGGACGAUCGCCGGGGGUUCAUCCAGAAUUACACCAUCUUCUACCAGAGCGAAGGCGGGGUCUCGGACUUCGUGGUGGUGAACGGCUCUGUGCACCAACUCCGGCUGGACGGUCUCUCCUCGGACCAGGAGUACAAACUCCACGCCGUGGCCUCGACUGACCAGGGGGGCGCUGCAGGGCCGGGCAUCUACGUGCAGACGCUCCGUGAUGAUGGUACCAUGCUGCUGGUGAUCCCUCUCUCCGCUCUUCUCACCCUGAUCUCCAUCAUCAUGCUCCUGGCCUGCGUUCAACAGAGGCAAGCGAUAAAGAAGCAUUUCUUUCCGACAAUUCCAGACCCUGCGGAUAGCAGCCUGGCCAACUGGAUGCCCAAGAAGAUCUGGAUGGAUUUCAGAGACUACCAGGGUGACCGCUGCCUCAAAGCACAAGUUGACAUCUCCGCACCCCGGCCUGGCACCGUGCAGGAGACGCUGUCCUCGCUGAGCCGGCCAGAGUGCCAGGACCCUGCCAGCCUGGGGGGCGGAGUGACCAUUCCCUUCCAAACCUACUGCACCGCAGCGAUCCUGCAGCACUGCACUGGCGAGGACUACGUAAGAGAAACUCCCGGGAGGAGUUGUGCUGAGCAGGGCUCUGUGAAGUACUCCACUGUGAUGGGCAUCGCGGGCGGGUAUACCCAAAUACCCCAAGCUAAGCUUGCCCUCCUACCCUGUAACCCUGAUCUCAGAGUCCAAACCCCCUCCCAAGACCUCUUCAAUAAGACCUAUCAAAGCCUGUUGUAUCCUGAUAUGAAGGACCCAGACCAGGGCAUUGAGGAGGAGGAGGAGGGAUCUAUCAGUAUGUCCCCCUUGUUACUGGAGCAGCUGAUGCAGGGCAGGGCCCAGAACUCAGGGCUCUGAGCCCGAUAACAAGCCCCUGUCCACUGUGGAGGCUCAACUAGACAAUACCAUACAGAUACUUAACAGAGAUGGAAAUGAGACUCUCUGAAGUUUGAUCCAUUCCUAGUUUGACUAUGAAUUCAAUAAGACACACCUGAGCUUGUUACCUAUAUAGUGGGGCUAAUCAAGCAUGUAUUAAAACCUGGAAUGACUGAGACUGCUGUGCAAUAGGAGUCUUUAUUUCCAUCCCUAUAUAAUGUCCUGAAAGUGAAGCUUUCCGUUUUUUUCAGCAACCAGAGGAUUGAGUUCUGAAAUAGAAACUUAGUAAAAGUCCACAAAAUAAAAGAAGUGGGUUACUUUACUUCAAGAGUACACCACAGUACAGAACUGACCAACUAUCAAUUUCUGUACAUUCAAAUAAUAUUGAAAAUAUUCUUGUAAAAAACAAAAAAUAUUUUUCUGAUGAAGUGAGCAGAUUGGAAAUGCUUUUGCAAUUUUCAUUUUAAUUCUGUGGGUUUUGUUAUUAUUGUGUCUUUGUGUGUUUUGAAGUUAUUAAAAGCAAGUUACUGAAUUCGAUGACGUAAUGUUGCUCAAGCAAUCCGGAAUUACAGUUUACAAAGGAUUAGUGCCAUUCCAUUUUGAUUCACUAGAUGGCACCAAACUCCCUUGUGUGCAUGACCUGUAUUUUUUUAAACCAGCAGAUGGCGCUAUAUAUUAUUUAUUUCUUAGCAGACGACCUUAUCCAGGGCGACUUACAAUUGUUACAAGAUAUCACAUUAUUUUUACAUACAAUUACAUUAUUUUUUAUACAUUAAUUUUACAUACAAUUACCCAUUUAUACAGUUGGGUUUUUACUGGAGCAAUCUAGGUAAAGUACCUUGCUCAAGGGUACAGCAGCAGUGUCCCCCACCUGGGAUUGAACCUACAACCCUC